UCUCCUUCACCUUCGACAGCGAACAACACCACUAUGCUUUCAAACAUGGUUCCUUCGAGCACUCUACCCACGAGCCCAUUCACACCACCUACAAGCGCGCAUUCUAAAACGACGAUACCCAACGAAAGGCAUGUCAGCGUCACCUCUACUCAGGCGGACCUCGACCUUCCAACCGACAUCGACACGCGCGCCGACAGUCACCCAAUAUUUCGAACAACCUCUAAGCCAGUGGCCGUCAAGCCGACUCAUGACAGCCCUGAUGCCUACACAGAUGAAUUAGAAGCCGCUUUGGCGGAUAGGCGAGCAGCAGAAAAGCUGCUGGCGCAGCGCCAUACUGCUAUUAUGCCACGGGCGAAUACCAGCGAACGUCUAAAGCCUUUAGGAAUUGUUCUAAAGAAGAACGGUCCCAGGGAUGGUCAUAAUAUAGCUCGUCUCUCGAGUAGUCUCUCUCCGUCCACCCUCCGUCGAACCAGCCUAAGAACCGCAAACCAGAAAAUUGAGGCUCUACGUCGACGCAAAGCCAUCAAAGAUCUCACCUUCUUUGCAGCAGAUGGCUGUCCUACCAACAUAAACAUCAUGGAUCAGAUCAAUGCCCACUUUCAUCUCCAAGCCCGCCACGCUGAUGGCGAUAUACCUGAUGCCACCUUCAACGUCAACGGUAUAAGUAUCCGUGCGAGCGAAAUGCCCAAAGGCUCUGUCGAGCGUAACUGGAUCAUGCGAUACAAUGCCGUGGUCAAUAACGCUGAGCUCGUCGAGCGUCGACUUAUGAACAGCGAGGAUCACGAGAUGAUCGUCGCACAGCUCUUCCCUGAGGACCCUAGACACAUACUGAAGCCAGAGCACUUCGAGAUCUUUAUGCAUGGCCUUGGUGAGGAAGGCAUCCUUACAAAAGCACAGGCCAAGUCCAUCGCUACUGUUGCCGUAUCUUUAGAGGAGUUUGAGCAGGGUAUACAUUAUGUUCAAGGCUCGAGAAACAAAUACGCUCAUCGGCGCAAUACCACUGCGGCUGCCAUCUUCGACAUCCCUCGGCAGGCUAGCCGGGGUAUUACGUCCUUUCCAUCUCGUCAGACUAACGGUGAGAGUCAGCAUGAGCUAUAUUAUUAUCUUCGCAUCCUAGUCGAAGCCGCAGUCUACCACCAAAAGUUCUGGAAAGGCUACUUCUUUCCCAAUGCCCGCAACAAAUUCAACAACUUCUACGAAGCCCAUAAGAUCACGCAGGAGGGCUGGCUCCUCCCACCAAAUCUGACAGACUACAAGCGUGAGUGGACACACCGCGAAGUCCGCCUCUUACAUCGCGGUCAGAUCAUCUGCGACCUACUCAAACAAUACGAAGCUGGCGAGAUAACCGACUUUGGCAUUGUCCGCGCUACUCGCGCAACCUUUGUCGGCGUCCCAGCGCAGCCCUCCUGGUGCCCCGAAGACCUUGAAUCCUUCCUCUAUCAUCGGAUCAACGAAUCUGGUCUUGCUAUUUCCAAGAUCCCGGAGAUACUCGCCCUGCAUCCAGAGCACGACACGACUUUUGCCAACUAUCGGCUUCGUCAGCACGUUAUCAAUGGACUACGAGAGCGCGCUGAGCAAUUUGAAAAGGAAGAGGCGACACGACUGAAGGAAAUUGAUAAGAGUUAUAUGACCUUCGAGCACGCUAAGAGGAAGGGGAUGACAAGGUGGGAGAGGAUGAAAGAAGGAUUGAAGAAGGCGUUUGGAAAGAAGCAGAUUGUGGCACCUUUCGACCCAUUUGCGCCAGAGCAUGCAUUGGGAGGGUAGCGCAUCAAGAAGGUUGAGAGGGCUGCAGUCGUCCGUUCUAGCGUUGUCUUCAGCUUUCCAGGGCUGGU